AUGCUUUUCUUACCAAUACCCCUAUGCCUAUGUUGCAUUAAAGAACUCUCUCUGCCACUAGCGUACACUCCCCAGGUCAAUUCUCCCGUUACCGAGGACUCCUUUAGAUGGUCGAGUAUGUUAAAGCGCCGCUCCGAGCGAACAGCCAGUCCUGAGUGUGCUGAGGGGAAGCUUCAGGAAAUGCGCCUAUCUUCUUGCCAGAGGAAAAAUGAAGCAUCAAAUUAUCAUUUUCAAGGCAACAACGAUAUAGCAGAAGCCCUUUCCUCAAAAAAGAGCGGGUCAAGUAUGGAGGAUGAUGGAUCAGCUAGGAAACCGGAUACUUCUGAAAGCCUAACGUGUUUGUUGCUAGGCGUUCGCGAAGCAAAACAGGCAAAAAUGGCUGGCAUUGAAGAGCCACUUACACCAGGGUUGAACAGGCUGGAUAGGCCUUGCAGCACCUGGGUGGCUAAAAGUAAAACUUCAAAGUCGCAAAAUAAUAACUGUGAAGUUAACAACACAAACGGGGACAUGAUCUCUAAUAAGCCCAUGAUACAGGGUGCCAUAGAAGUAGAAUCAUUUGGUAAAAUGACCGUUCUGGUGGCUGCUUCUAAACCCGCCUCAACUGAUGCAAUAGAUCAGGAUUGCGAGUGCUCUGCAGCGAGAGAAAAUGAGAAAAAUAUGACCGAUUUCGAAACUGGGGCGAAGAUGGAUCGGGACUACCGAAAAGCAUACAAUAUUGGAGUGAGUGAAUCGCUGGGGAGACGCGUGGAUGAAUUAAUGACUGAUGAAAAGGACACUCUGGAGGAGCAUGGCGAAUGGAGCCAAUUUUGGGAACUCGAUGAGGACCAAAAUGGUGAAGUUUUACCUGAGAUUGGGCGCUGGCCGCUGGAACACGUUCGAGCUCUGGCCAGGCUGGUUCAAAAGCUCACAAAAGAAGGUAAUUAA